GACAUCAUCAUACUAGACAACAACAACAACAAUAUAAAAAUGGACUCUGAAGACUUGAAUAAUAAUGUCUUCUUGAAUACAAUCAAACUUAAGCAUCCAAAGAUAUUCAACACAAUAGAGUCAAACUGUUACAUGCUAUGUAUACCUCAUUCAAUGUCACUCUAUGGCUUCAAGAUCACUCAAAAGACAAUAGGUAUGGAAUGA